GCCGGCGGCGGAGCGCCCGGAGCGUUCGUCCUCCGCCCGCAGGGCGUGUGAGGCUCGGGGACAGCGUCGGCUGCCGAAGGCUUUAGGUGUUACAUGCGUCCGCUAACCUUCUCCAAAAUGGAUUUUAGUCAGAGCAAUCUGUUCGGAUACAUAGAAGACCUGCAGGAACUAACUAUUAUAGAGAGGCCAGUACGCAGGAGCCUGAAGACACCAGAAGAAAUAGAAAGAUUGACAGUUGAUGAAGAACUCAGUGAUAUUGAAAGGGCUGUUUAUCUACUCAGUUCUGGUCAGGAUAUCCAAGGAACAAGUGUGGUGGCAAAUCUUCCAGUCCUGAUGCGACAGAAUCCUGCUGAAACUCUUCGUCGGGUUUUACCAAAAAUCAGAGAGGUUCUGCAUGUUGCAGGAGUGGAAAUGCAGUUAACAGCAGCUGUUUCAUUUUUGACUGUUCUGCAAGAGGAGUCGGUGUCCAUUCAUACAUACUCCCACUCCUUCCUACACAUCAUUCUCCAGAACCUGGAACACAGAGAUGCAGGUGUCAGCAAUGCAUGGUUAGAAACUCUUCUUGCUGUAAUAGAAGCUUUACCAAAAGAAACUGUCAGACAUGAGAUCCUGAAUCCACUUGUUUCCAAAGCACAGCUUGCUCAAACACUUCAGUCCCGUUUAGUUAGUUGUAAAAUCAUGGGAAAAGUAGCUAACAAAUUUGAAGCCCAUAUUAUUAAAAGAGAGGUUCUUCCAUUGGUGAAAUCACUGUGCCAGGAUGUGGAAUAUGAAGUUAGAACUUGCAUGUGUCGGCAACUGGAACAUAUAGCUCGAGGAAUAGGGACAGAACUAACAAAAACUGUGGUGCUUCCUGAAUUAGUAGAACUGGCAAGAGAUGAGGGCAGCAGUGUGCGCCUCGCAGCUUUUGAGACAUUAGUGAAUCUACUUGAUAUGUUUGAUGCAGAUGACAGGAGUCAAACUGUUCUCCCAUUAGUGAAAUCAUUCUGUGAAAAAUCCUUCAAAGCAGAUGAAUCUAUCCUAGUUUCUUUAUCUUUCCAUUUAGGGAAACUGUGUAAUGGAUUAUAUGGCAUUUUUACUCCUGAACAGCACUUACGGUUUUUGGAAUUUUAUAAGAAACUUUCCACACUGGGUUUACAGCAGGAGAAUGGACACAAUGAUAAUCAACUACAACUUCAAACUCUGGAACAGGAAAAGAAGUAUAUUUCAGUGAGGAAGAACUGUGCUUACAAUUUCCCAGCCAUGAUUGUUUUUGUGGAUCCAAAGAACUUCCAUUUAGAACUAUAUUCUAUAUUCUUCUGCCUUUGUCAUGACCCUGAAGUUCCUGUCAGAUAUACUAUGGCCAUAAGCUUCUUUGAAGUUGCUAAGCUUUUAAAUUCUGAUGUGUAUACAAUACAUAAAGAACUGGUUACGCUUUUACAGGAUGAGUCACUGGAGGUGUUAGAUGCCCUAGUAGGUCACCUUCCUGAAAUCCUUGAACUAAUGGCUAACAGAGGAGAAAACAAUGGAUCAGAAAGCAAGUUACUGUCCAUUCCUGACUUGAUUCCUGCAUUAACAACAGCAGAACAGAGAGCAGCGACUUCUUUAAAAUGGAGAACACAUGAGAAGUUACUACAAAAAUAUGCAUGUCUCCCUCAUAUCAUAUCAAGUGAUCAGAUUUAUUACCGUUUCCUUCACAGAAUGUUGACAAUCAUUUUGACAAAUAAUGUCCUGCCAGUCCAAAAAGCAGCUGCUCGAACUCUCUGCAUUUAUUUGCGUUACAAUCGCAAACAAGAACAGAGACAUGAGGUUAUUCAGAAACUGAUUGAACAACUGGGCCAAGGAAAAAGUUAUUGGAACAGACUUCGGUUUUUAGAUACUUGUGAAUUCAUUAUGGAACUGUUUUCAAAAUCAUUCUUCUGUAAAUACUUCUUUCUACCUGUGCUUGAACUUACACACGAUCCAGUGGCAAAUGUGAGAAUGAAGCUAUGCUAUUUGUUGCCAAAAGUUAAAUCUACUCUGAAGAUUCCCACUGAUAAACAUUUACUUCAGCAGUUGGAAUUAUGUAUAAGGAAACUUUUGUGUCAAGAGAAAGACAAAGAUGUGUUGACCAUUGUGAAACGAACAGUGUUAGAAUUGGACAGAAUGGAGAUCUCUGUAGAUGCUUUUCAGAAAAGAUUUUACGAAAAUGAUUUAUUGGAUCAAGAAAAAGAGAGACAAGAGCAUCUCCUUUUGGAAAUGGAACAAUUAGAAAAAGAGAAGCAGCAAACUGAAGGAAGAUCUACAAAUAUUAAUGAUAAAAUGUUUGAAAAGAAGCGUAGAGACAGUAAAGCAUCAUCAGUGUUGGCAAAAAGUAUCAAUCUCUCUGUUUCUGGAAGCUCUUCUGGUACAUCAGCAGGCAAAGAAGAAAAAAAAUCCAAGUUGGUUCGAAGCCAGUCUUUCAGUACUCAAGCACUUCAUCCAAAAUACAGCAACAUAGACAAGUGUCCUAAUAAAAGUUCUGCUACAGGAUAUACAUCUUCAGUAUCAGGAAUGGGAAAGAGUUGUAUGUUAUCCUUUAGUGCCAAAAUUCUUUGUCUAAGCUGCAACUCUUUAUUUCAGAUGAUUCAUUCCGGACUCAUUCUACUGGCAGUAGUGGGAAUGCUGCCUUCCUUUCUAGUUCUUCUUCUCGCAACUUAUUUAACUCAGCUGACCAAAAGAACAGUGGAAAUAAGGAGAGUCAGUCCCGAAGGAUGAGCAUAAAAAACAGAAAAUCAAACUCCUAGAUCAUCUGACAGAAAAAAGAGGGAACCAGAAACUGGUGGAAGCAACGUUCUGGUGAGAUAAGUUGGGAGCAGCAGAUGGGACUUUCUAAUACCUGGAAUGAAUAAAAUACAUCCUGCGAUGUUAAAACUCUUAAAUAAAUCUUUUAAAUAAAAUUCCAAGCUGCAAAAUAUGUUCAGAUAAACAAUGUAAUGGUUGCAGAAUUGUGAAAUGAUAUGGACUAUAACUUCAGCUAUGUACUCUUUACUGCUGUAGCUAAAGAGAAGGUUUUGUUUUCUUCUAUUAUGCCUUUGUAGUUCAAAUUCUUAGAUUUAGAAUGCACAUACCCAUUACUUAAUUGGCUUAUCUACAAUUUUAGCAACUCUCAGCACCCAUGUUUUAUGCAAGUAAUAGAAAGAAUUGUUAUGAAUAUGAAAAAGUAAUCCCACAUUUUAAAGAAUCUGAUUUAAGACCAAAGUCCAGAACCAUUGAUCAGUCUAUUAAAAAAACCAUAAACCUUAGAAGCAUUGUGCUGUGAAUUUGGAGUUAAUGCUUUUCCAAGUACUCAGUUCAUAAAAAUUCUGUAUAAGUUUCAAAGCAAUCUAAAAGCAAAUGUCUCCAGAUGAUGUAAAAAAAAAGUUUUAUUUCAUAAGUUUUGUUAUAUAAAUACUUGUUUUGAUUUUUAGUAUUUCAGAUUGUAUUUUCACUUGAAUAAUUUAUAGUAAUGAAUCCAGUUUUUAAUCAGCUGUAAUUGCAAGCUGUCAUGGUUCAGUGAUGUCAUCUGCAUUUGUUUGUACUAAUGCUAAUGUUUCUAUCAAAAUUUCUCUGUGGAAAAACAUGCAAUCCUAUUUUAAAAAGUGCUAUUUAUGCCAAUACUUGAGAGAGAGCCUAUGAAGCUAUUGUCAGCUUCUCUAUUCCAAAAUCGAAGCAGCAUUACUAUAUUGAUAUCAGAAAUAUGUGGUUUUUAAAAUUUAUUGGUGUAUGAUAAAGAUGAUCUGAUCUGUGUAUGCAUAUGCGCGUGUGGUUACUUUUUAUAAUGUAAAAACAUGAACAAUGAUUUACUCAAAAUAAAACCUAGGACAAUGCUGUACAUGCAUGUUCUUGAAAAAAAGUUCUCAGGGCAUCUUUUAUAAUUAAAAUAAAUAAAAGCA